CGGCGUUGAGAGGUAGGGUUGGGCCUGGGGGGAGAGGGUGGGUGUGAGUUACUGGCUGUGUGCGUGUGCGGUUCGACUUUGCCGUUGGCACAUGGAAGACUCACCUGUAGGUUGGGUUUUGCCCGGGCUGGCGGUGUGUUCUGUCGUGUUGGCAUCGUUGUUUGGCUCAUCCUUGGGUAGCACAGGUUCGUGGGGAGAACAGGAGGAAAUGUUCAUCUGCAAUGACGUCCCGCCUGGAGCGUCGCUCCCGGUCGCUUGGCCUCCGGGGGUCUCAGCACCGGCGGGGGCACACGUCCCUUCUAACAACCCCAUGGGCUCCAGCGCCAGCUGGAUCAUCUCCAACAGUUCCAGGCGGCGUCGGAUGAUGUUUCGGAGCGCCUUGCGCUCUGUCAAAGACAUGGUUUCGGCUCCGACUGGGGUUGGAGUUUCAGCGAGGAGCAAUACAGUCCAUGAGUGAAUGAAUGUUCGAUAAGGAUAUGAAGAUGGAAGCUGGGUGGAAGCAAUCGUGUGCCGUUCUGCCACAAGUCGGUGCUUGACGAG